CCAUGAUUGAAUUUGGCUCGCGGUAGGACAGCAGCUGGAAGAGAUCGAUAAUGGCGGCCAACUGCGCAAGGAGAACGCUGCAGUUCUCUUCGGCCUCCGCAAGAACCCUACUAACGCGCUCACCUCCCUCUCCUUCUUCGCCGGUGGCUUCGAAGCUGAGAGGGCUCUCUGAUGCCAAGCCCGGGUCUUCUUCUUCGCGGCUCUUCACUCCCCAGCUCACCCUCUCGAGGCUGCCGGUUGAGUUGGGCGGGGUGCUGACGAUGAUACCACUGCACAGUGUUACAGCCUCUGCUCUGUUCACUUCGUUGCUCUCUCUGAGCAGUCACAGCUGGGGCUGUCUAUCUGAAGGAUUUGCUACGCCUCUAUAGCAUGGCCCUCGGAAUUUGUGGUACGCUUUGUGGCUUCAUUAUCGGCAAGCAGAUGAUUCGUUGAUUCCCUAGCUCAAAUACAAAAGAGCCAACUAUAAGCCUUUUUUUUUUCUUUUGGCAGAGAGAUGGUUCGUUUUGUUGCAUUGCUUUUUGAACUUUUGGAGGUUGCCAGUAAUAAUAAUUACUACGAAACCGGUUUUGAGCUCGUUGGGGGACGACAAAAUGGAUUGGGGAGGACAAUUUUGUAAUGCAUUUUCUAUUUGGUAUUAGCUUGUGCACCAAUUAUUCGAUCAUCGAGCCGUCUCUUGGCCAACCGUACGCCUUUCAAUGUUAGACCAGCUGCUGGUAACUGAGAAGUCAAUGAGAGGCUACCAAAGGUGACGGAAGUUCAACUGUUUGAGAGAGAAUCAAGUGUUGGAGGAAUGGAUCCUCUUUGAAUGGAAAAUUGCAAACCUGGCCUUGAA